GUUUCGUUUGCUACACUCUUAUACAGUCACUCUUUUCCCUUAUUUGAGCUCUGUUCAUUCCACAGUCGUGAUACCCUUCAUAGCAUUUCAAGCGCACUUGCGCGUAAUACCCUAUUCAUCAUGAAACCUCGAUACUCAUUUCUGCUUCCUCUGCUAUACAUCAGCCCCGCUGUAGCAGACUAUACAGAAAACACCCACACAGCCAUCCAACUCCUCCAAGACAAGUUCUACAAUGUCGACACUGGCCUCUGGAAAGGGGCGACAGGUGACCUCUGGUGGCAAUCCGGGCACAUCUUAGAAACGGUCGCGCGCUUCGGCAUCGCAGACGAGUCCUACAAGCAGACCGCCAUCGACAUCGUCGCCAACACGUACGCCAAGUCCGGUGACCAGAUCGGCUACACCAACUGGCACAACGACUACUACGACGACAUGGGCUGGUGGGCGCAGGGCUGGAUUGCUGCCUAUGACCUCACCGGCGACUCAAAAUACCUUGAUACCGCUAAGGACCUGUUUGAGGACAUGACAGGCGGGUAUCACACGCCGUGCGGGGGUAUCUUCUGGAGCAAGGCUGCGACGGGGAUAGCGUCGAUUUCUAACGAGCUAUUUCUGUCGGUUGCUGCGCAUCUGGCUAAUCGUGUGGGUGAUGGGGAGAAGGAGAAUUACAAGAACUGGGCGCACCAGGAGUGGGAUUUCAUCUGGAACAGCGGGGUUAUCAACGGGGACAACCUCAUCAAUGACGGCGUGGACAUGGGGACGUGCAAGAACAACGGAAAGCCCAUCUACACGUACAACCAGGGUGUCGUCCUCGCCGGGCUAUCCGAGCUCGCAAAAGCGUUCUCGGAUGGUGGUUUCAUCGACCACGCCUACACCCUCGCCCGAGCCUCACUAUCCAAACUAACCACCAACUCGAUCCUGGCCGAGCCCUUCCCCUCCCCUCUCGACGAGCAAGGCUCCAUGUUCAAGGGCGCCUUUAUCGCUGGACUCCUGACCCUGCACGCGAACGAGCCACAGGCAGACUUUGCGGCGUUUUUCAAGACGAAUGCGGAUUCGGUGUGGGAGAAGGCAAGGAAUGGAGACGGCGUGAUUGAGGAUUUGUUUGAUGGGAGUGGGAAUGCGAAUGCGGCGAGCCAUGCGAGUGGGAUCGAUGUUUUAUUGGCGGCUAGUCGAUCGUAGAGGUAGGGUAGAGGAGGGUAGAGGAGAUGAGGUGGGAGGAGAGCGUUAAGUGUAUAGUUUGUUUCUGAAGGGUUAGAAUAUUGGUUCUUGGCAC